GAGAUCGUGUUUGGGGACAUUACGGCUCGGAACAAUGAAACGGCUCCUUCAUGCAAUGUCUACAUUUCAGGGGCACCGUGUCCGCCAUUCAGCAACGCUGGCCUCCGCAAAUCUUUGGGAGACAGCAGAAGCUGUGUCUUGCUGAGCUCGGUCGACUAUGUCUUGACCCGGAAACCAAAGCUUGCAAUAUUUGAAAACGUAAGCGGCCUUGUGAAUGCAAAGAACAAACCAAUAUUCAAUGCCAUCGUGAAGGUAUUGAAAACGGCCGGUUACAAGUGCCAGGCACAGAUCAUGAACAACUGCACCCACGGUGCGAUCCCGCGCAACAGGCCGAGAUUAUACCUGGUGGCAAUGCUUGAAGAUGGAGAGAACCCCAACAAGGAGCUGCCUUGGUUUCCAGAUGCCGUGGACUGUCCCACGCUGCAGAGGUUCCUAGUGAACAAUGUGAAGCAGAACGCUCGUCUUUGCAAGUCAGCGGCCAAGAACGUCACGGAGGCGCGCCGCAUUGCCAAGAAGAAGUGGGGAAAAGACCAUGGCUUGGUGGUCGUGGAUGCUCAGGCCAGUGCAAAAUUCCGAGCAAUCAUGCAUGGCAAGGUGCCUUGCCUGACAAAGGCGCGAGGUGGCUCCAAUGGGCACUACAUCAUCUUUAAGUAUCAGGGUGAUGGCCGAUGGAUGAACUUGCAGGAGAUUGGUGGGUUGCAGGGAUGGCCGAAGUUGCACUUGGAUUACCUACAGCAGAGCCACAGUGCCUGUGUGAUUGGGAAGACGCUUGGAGAUGGUUUUUGCCUCACUUUGUGGCAGCGGCUGUUUGCAAAAGUGCUCUUGGCGGCAAACCUGAUCAAGAAGAAGGAUCAGCCACCGGACAUUUGGGUCGAUUGUCACAAGGCUCAUGGGCAUCUUCCUGACGCCAUGUACGGAGCUGACACUAAGCAUGAGAAGUUUGCUUUGUGGCAUUAA